UUUUGACGAAUAAAGACAUGGAUUUUAAAUACUUAGUUUGUUUGUUUUUCACAACUUGCCCAGUGUCAGAGGUUCUGUCCUUGACCUGUUACCAAUGCGAUUCGAUAACCACGCCGAACUGUAGGGACCCAUUCAGCUCCAAAGGAGUAAAUACCGCGGGUUGCAUCGGGGUUUGCUCGAAAGUAAAAAUCAACGAAGAUCACUUUUUAUAUGGGGGAGAAAUUGUGAGGGAUUGCCUCACAACCGGCUUCGUAUAUGGCGGUGAUACUUGCGAACAGGCUUCCGCCUUGGGUUACUCCGGGGAAGUCUGCAUGUGUAACGCCAACCUUUGCAAUGCAGCCGGCUUGACAUCAGCCACCUGGAGUAGUAUUGCCAUAACAGCCAUUUUGUUCUCCAAUCACAUUGCUUACAGGAUUUAAAUCUCAACGUGAAAGAAAACAGAUUUGCGAAAUUUUAAUAUUGUUUUGCUGUGAAAAUUAUUACAAAACAGUUUACACUCGGCCAAGAAAGGAUUGUGAGAUAGUUCAUAAUUUGGAAAUAUGUUAAGCUUUUGAGAUCCUAUAUUUUUUCUUGGUUUAUAUCGCAUCCAAAGAGGUUUUUGGCAAUUUAAAUGCUCCAAAUUGAAAAGGGUUUCAAGUAAAUGCCAUAAUUCACUUUAUGUCUAAAGCACAAUGGGGUUAACAUGGAAAAGUGAAAAGGUUGGUCGUUUUGUUAGAUAUGGCGCGUUUCGGUUAAAUACGUCAAAACGUGUUCGCUUGGCUCGAUUUCCUCGUUGCUUUGAAAUUAUGUUAAAGGAUCGAUUUUUAUUAACUCUUUGUAAGAGCUCCCGCUUGGUUCGAUAUUCGCGAGGAUCAAAGUAUUUUGGCCGGUCCCUGCGAUAUCGAGCCAACGGGGUUCCUCUGUAUGUUCAACUGAAAUUCGAUCUCCAAAUAGUCUUACAAAAUGAUUAAAUCAUGAAAAGUCGCUUUGCAGCUGAUAUUUUUGGAGUAAUGUACUAGUUCUGGCUUUGUUGACAGACACUACCCGUAUCAAAUAAAUAAUAGUUCACCUACAUGUUAAGGUAGGAAGAGUUCUUAUGAAAUAUAUAAAUUCAAAUGCAUUGUCGCAUGAUUUUUUUUUUUGCCGAGUAUAUCUACUUUUGACCUUUUUAAAUUGAUAAUAUUUACUUGUUCCAUUAUUUUUUCUCUUUGUUUUAUGAAUUAUUUUCAUGUGCGAUUCUUGUUUGGUUGAAUCAUUUUUAUUAUGAUAAACGCUCUUUAGAGGAUAUACUUUGAUUGCUUUCCAUGAUUAUGUGUGCACGCUUGUCUGAGAGUAUCAUUAUUGGUAUUUAUUUAAAAAAAAUAACAGAAAAGGCACAUUUAAUGACAGUAUAUUUUUAUCCAACCUGCGCUUGAUUCAACUAUUAUUCAAACGUUGUAUAAGCCGUUUGUGUCUCAGACACAGAUGCAUUUUCUUUAACCAUGCGUGUGGUCAACGGUGAUGUUUUAUGACCAUUUGCCAUAUAAUCACCAUAGCCAUCAGUCAAUUUUGCAGUAUAUAAGGAUAUUCUAUGUCAUACCAGUGACUCUUUAUGUUAUAAGUGUUAUUUAUCUCAUGAUAAAUCUUGUGUAAAAUAUUUUUGAGCGAUGGAUUUUGAUUACAACUGUGCUAAACCUAUAUACUAUGUAGACAUAUGUGAGGUUAUGUAUACUAGGUUAAAACUCCCAGUGGACUGUUAUUCCAGUGAGCUAAUGUCUCACUGACAGUCCCAGGGCGGUAGUCCAAUCAAUUAUCAGUAAAUCUAGUGUGAUGCGUUGGCUAGAUGUGCGAUUUUUGCAUAUCUGUAUCUCUCUGAGCAGUGUUAACAUUGUGUUUAGUGACUUUUGCACUUUUACUGUGGGUUUAAUUUAGUAUUGUUUGAAAUAAAUAAUGGUUGUGGUGAAAUUUAAUUUCAAAUAAAUGUCAUACCAAUUCAGACUGUGUUCAUUGUGUACAUUAGUUUGUAAGGUAG